ACCAGAAAAGUGCCCAAGGUUCCUCAAGGUUUCAACUUUGAGCUCACAUUUAAAGGCAAGUUAAAAAUUUACAUUUUGAAACUAGCCUUAUGAAAACCAGCUUUAUGAGGUACAUCAACCUCGACUGUUGACUGCUGGUGCUGGGAGGUCACAUAUGCAUUAAUAGCAAUAAUCAAAAACACAACUAAAUUAAUAUGGUUAACUGUGCAGACAGUGAUCAUACCAGAGCCAGCCAGGGACCACUACCACAUUUAAAUUCAUUAACAGUUUCCCUUGCAUUUGUGGCAACAGUAUGAUGAUGAUGAAAACAUUUCUCAUAAUAUCAAUUUAAUUCCAUUUUGUUUUUCAUUUACACAACUGAUGAAAUGAAGUAAACAUAAAUUUUAUUAUUAGGUCCAAGACAUACAUGAACAACCUGACUCACAGCCUCCUCCCUUCCUAUAAAUCCAGUGGUAUUAUACAAGUACAAUGAGUAGCUGUCAUUUAUCAUAAAACAAGGCGACAGCACGGAUUCUGCCAAGCGAUCAUUCAGCGUUGAAUUCCUUUGUGUCAGAGAGUCUCCUCUAAUUGCUUUCUUGCCUGGAGCUGUGGAAUACAAAGACUCUUCACCUCGGGAACAGCCGGCUAAACGCUUCUUGGAUCCUCAGCCAGUCUGCACAGGACCAGCCCAAUCUUGAAACCACACCAGGAGGCAUAUGUGGAAAGGUCAUCGCCACCAGUGAGUGGUCAGAUGGUCAUCUUUAAGGGCUUAAGAGGUGGAGGUCAUUCCAAACUCAAGGGUGUGGACCAAAGGUGACCAGGCCUUUGCCAUUAAAACUUCUAAACUUUAAAUGACCUUACCUGUGGAAUUCAUUUGGAGCAAGGAUGCUCCGCCACUCUACACUGGUGCUGCUUCUCACAGCACUGACCAGUGUUUGGGCCCAAGACUACUCCGAGGACAGGAGGACAAGCAAAAGACCCCGGCCCAAACAUUUGGCUGCAAAUAUUCACAAUGGACAAGCCAUCGUGGAUGAGGACUGUGGCCUGGAGCUCUCCUUCCUGUUGGACAGCUCUGAGAGUGCCAAGGACAAUCACGAGCAGGAGAAGCAGUUUGCCAUGAAUGUAGUGGACAGACUUCAGGGUAUCCAGCUUCAGAACGGUCGAAGCAUGAGCCUGAGGGUGGCCCUGCUGCAGUACAGCAGUCACGUCAUCACAGAGCAAACCUUUAAAGAGUGGAAGGGUGCUGAGAACUUCAAGACCCGGAUAACUCCAAUAAUCUACAUCGGCCACGGCACCUACACCACCUACGCCAUCACCAACAUGACCAAAAUCUAUCUGGAGGAAUCCAGUCCUGGCAGCAUCAAGGUGGCUGUGCUGCUAACUGAUGGAGUUUCACACCCGAGGAACCCAGAUAUUUUCUCUGCGGUGGCUGAUGCCAAGAACCAGGGCAUUAGGUUCUUCACUCUGGGCAUCACUUGGGCAGCCAACGAACCAGCCAAUGUAGCCCAGCUGCGUCUUCUGGCCAGCUCCCCUGCCUCUCAAUUCCUCUACAACUUGCAGGAGGAGAACAUCGUGGAAAAAGUUGUCACAAAGAUUACCAACUUGGCUGAUGAGGGUUGCCCUCUGGCCCAGAGAUGUGCAUGUGAGAAAGGGGAGAGGGGACCCAGUGGGCCCGCGGGAAAGAAAGGCCGUCCCGGAGAUGACGGAGCUGUGGGGCAAAAAGGGCAAAAGGGUGAAGCAGGAUUAGGUGGAUUGCCUGGAAGAGAAGGUGUUGAGGGAAAACUGGGUCAAAGGGGAGACAAGGGGGAGAGGGGUGAGUGCGGCACUCCAGGAAUCAAAGGAGACAGAGGUUUUGAAGGAGCAGUUGGUGAAAGAGGACCUAGAGGCCUGCAGGGUUUACCAGGACCUCAUGGAGACAUCGGACCAGAGGGCCCUCAGGGGAAGCAGGGUGAACGUGGACCACUUGGUCCUCCAGGCCUACAGGGGGAAACUGGCAUUGGUCUACCAGGAGCAAAGGGUGAUAUGGGGUUCCAAGGCAGACCAGGACCUCCAGGUCAUCCAGGACUGGGUGAACAUGGACCUCCUGGACCUCAAGGACCACAGGGAAUUCAAGGAGAAAAGGGACCUCAGGGAGAAGGAUUACCUGGACCCAAGGGAGAUCGUGGGCUCCCAGGGCUGAGGGGGCCGAGAGGGCAGCAGGGGGCAGGAAUCAAAGGGGACAAGGGAGAUCUGGGGCCUCCAGGCCCACUGGGACUAACUGGACCAAUAGGAAUUGGCAUACAAGGAGAAAAGGGAAUCGAGGGUCCCAGAGGUCCACCAGGAGGUAGAGGGGUUCCAGGAGAAGGUCUGCCUGGACUUAAGGGAGACCAAGGUUUACCAGGAGAGCAGGGCACUCCAGGAGAGAGGGGCAUUGGAGAACCUGGGCCAAAGGGAGAGCCAGGAGCAGGUGGUUUGGGGGGACUUCCUGGACUUCCUGGGGAAGACGGAGCUCCAGGGCAGAAGGGUGAGCCUGGUCUGCCUGGGUCAAGAGGUCUCGAAGGAGCACCAGGAAUUGGUAUUCAGGGAGAGAAGGGUGACCAAGGUAUGAGAGGCAUACGUGGAUUACACGGACCUCCUGGGAUUACUGGACCAUCUGGACCAAAGGGAGAACGUGGUAUACCAGGGCACCAGGGUAUGCCAGGCCCUCAAGGACGAUCUGUUUCAGGUCCUAAGGGUGAUGUCGGUCCUUCUGGACCUCCUGGGCCUAUAGGUGAAACGGGACAUGGACUCCCUGGUCCAAAGGGUGAUCGCGGUCACCCGGGUUUGCCAGGUCCACACGGUCCAAAAGGUGAAGGCAGUCCUGGCCCAGUGGGUCCUCCAGGCUUGCCAGGUCUGCCAGGUGAAGUAGGGGUAGAAGGAAUAGGAAUUCCUGGACCCAAGGGUGACAUUGGCUUUAGAGGAUUGCCUGGUUUACCAGGACCACCUGGAGAGGGCAUACAGGGACCACCAGGUAAUGUUGGCAGACCAGGACCUCCUGGUCCAACUGGACCACAAGGAGAAGGCAUUCAAGGUCCAAAGGGAGAACCUGGAUCUCAAGGCAUGACUGGACCUAGAGGGCCACAAGGAGAAGGUUUACCUGGACCAAAGGGUGACCGUGGGCUACAGGGUGAGAGGGGAAUGAAAGGUUUUAAAGGAGACAUGGGAGAUUCUGGAGUCGCUGGAGAAGCUGGAAAGCCAGGAGCUAAAGGAGAACCAGGCCUGACAAGAGAAGACAUUAUUAAGCUGAUCAAAGAAGUUUGUGGAUGUGGCAUCAGGUGCAAGGAGAGGCCCAUGGAGCUGGUGUUUGUCAUCGACAGCUCAGAAAGUGUCGGCCCAGAAAACUUUGAAAUCAUCAAAGAUUUUGUCACACGCCUGGUGGACCGCACAACAGUUGGUCGAAAUGCAACAAGAAUCGGACUGGUCCUUUACAGUCUGGACGUCCUCUUGGAGUUCAACCUGGCUCGAUACAUGAACAAGCAGGAUGUGAAGCAAGCCAUUAGAAAAAUGCCAUACAUGGGUGAAGGCACCUACACUGGCACUGCCAUCAGAAAAGCCACUCAGGAGGCCUUCUUCAGUGCUCGACCUGGGGUCAGAAAAGUAGCCAUCGUCAUCACCGAUGGUCAGACCGACAAGCGAGAGUCUGUCAAACUUGACAUAGCUGUGAGGGAGGCUCACGCCGCUAAUAUUGAGAUGUAUGCCCUGGGGAUCGUCAAUUCAUCUGAUCCCACGCAGGCUGAGUUCUUGAGCGAACUCAACCUCAUCGCCUCUGACCCUGACAGUGAACACAUGUACCUCAUUGAUGACUUCAACACACUACCAGCACUGGAAUCCCAGCUCAUCAACCAAUUCUGCGAAGACGAAAAUGGUGCGGUGUUUUACAAUCACAUCUUAAAUGGACACCGGAACGGCAACAACGGUCAUGGGUACGGUGUCGUUGAAAACCAUGGUCACGUGGAGGACACCAAGGUGUAUCAUGGUCAUGGAAAUAAUGGUUAUGUUAAUGGAAACGACGGGGGUAAGUUUACUGUUAACCAUGAAGAGAACCAAAUUCAGAGACGCCCCAACAGCCGCGGCCGUGGAGACAGUUUUGCCCUGCCCAUCAGUGCAGAUCCACUCCGAAUUCAGGCUGUGGAGGAGGAUGAGGGUGAAGAUUUAGACAUCAGAGCUCACAUACGGAGCGGAAGCAUCGUGUCUGCAGUCAACAGAACAACAGUGGUAUCACCUAAAGUAGAAAGCUCAGUCUCCACAGGGACUGUCCUGUCAUCUUCAUCGUCCUCAUCAUCAUCGUCCUCCUCAGCAACAUCUUCAUCUACACUGGUUUCAGUUUCAUCUUCACAGCCCACUCUGCCGGAAACGGUGAUAUCAGUCCAGCCAGAAGCAGCUUCUCUUCCUGAUCCCCGCUGUAACCUCGACUUGUCCCAAGGCCACUGCCGGGACUACAGUAUUCACUGGUACUAUGACAAGCAGGCUAACUCCUGUGCUCAAUUUUGGUAUGGAGGCUGUGGUGGAAACAACAAUCGAUUCGACACAGAAGAUGAAUGCAAAAAGUUCUGUGUUCUGUCCAGAACAGGAUAAAAAGGGAGAAACGGACACCAUUGAAAAGGGAAUAUCUAUCCAAUAUUUUGCAAAUGCAAAUUAAUGUUAAUCUGAUGAAUUCUCAUGUUUUGGAAAUUCAUUGCACUUUUUGGUCAUGUUUUUCUUUACACUGACACAUUGACAGUGCUUUCUAAAUAGUGGGGCUUUUUCAGAUUUAAACGAAUUACUGAAUGAUGCUAGAAACCUGUUGCUGCUGCUCUGGUACACUUGUUGUUGCUGCCUGGUACACCUGACACACUUUGACUUCCUCAAAAACUGUUUUACCUCAAAAAAUAUCAGUCAGUGCUUAAUCUGUCAAAACACAAACCAUUUUACUGAGGCUGACCGCCCUGCCUUACAUUUACAAUAUUCUGGGAUUAAAAAAAAUUAAAAUUCUAAUUAUAGAUAUUUACACUAUAAUUCACAAUUCAGAUGUCUUUUAGUAUCAAAUGAAUAUAUUUUUAGAUAGACAGCUUAAGUGUGAAGUUUGUUUACAUCGUGUUACAGUCGAUCUUGUGAAAAUGCUCUGAGUGUUUUGUCUGUUUGUUGUUAUUACUACUGUGUCCAUUAGCAUUAUACCCAGCAGCUGUCUGUGCUGGUACUGCCUACAGACUGUGGAGACACCCAGCCAGGAAGUCCAAGUGGGCACCACCCAGGUGACAAUUUAUAUAGGUCACAUACUGUGUUAUUAGCUGCUCCCUUCAGACAUAUGUCAAUCACAUGGAAUUUAAACUCACCAAUAUGGAUUAUUGUUCAGUCCACUAUACUGGCUGGGUAAUUUAUUUUAAGGGAAU